AUGCCGCGGCGAAAGAAGGGCCCCGGGCCUCCCUCUGACGACGAGGCCCAAACCCCAAACCCUAAUGCAAACCCUAAUCCAAACCCUGACGCAAACCCUAAUUCAAACCCUGAUUCGGGGGGCCCCACAGCUGACAGCAGCAGCAGCAGCAGCAGCAGCAGCAAAAAGGGAAAGUACCGCAAAGACAAACCCUGGGACACAGAUGAUAUCGAGCACUGGAAGAUCGAGCCUUUUCGCCCCGAAGACAACCCCUUUGGCCUCUGCGAAGAGUCUUCUUUUGCAGUUUUGUUUCCGAAAUAUCGCGAAAAGUAUUUGAAGGAAAUUUGGCGCGAAGUGCAGAAGGAGCUGUCCGUACACUUCGUGGCCGCGGAGCUCGACCUCGCCGAGGGCUCCAUGACCGUGCGGACCACCAAGAAAACCUUCGACCCCUACAUCAUUUUGAAGGCGAGAGAUAUGAUAAAGCUGCUGGCGAGAUGUGUUCCGCUGCAGCAGGCCAAAAAGAUUCUCGAAGACGACAUGAUGUGCGAUAUCAUAAAAAUAAAAGGAAUGGUUCGCAACAAAGAGAAGUUCGUGAAGCGGCGGCAGCGGCUGGUGGGCCCCAACGGCAGCACUUUGAAGGCUCUGGAGCUGCUGAGCUGCUGCUACAUUUUAGUCCAGGGCCAAACUGUGGCGGCGAUGGGCAGCCCCAAGGGGCUCAAACAAGAGAACUGGGACCGUUUUUUGCCUCAGUUCAAGAAGCGGAAUGUGCAGCGGAAGAAGCAAAAAGAAAAAAAAGAAAAAAAAGAAAAAAGUCUUUUUCCUCCUCCGCAGACUCCUCGCAAAGAAGACCUUCUCAUGGAGUCCGGAGAAUACUUCAUCGACGCAGCAGAAAGAAAGAGGCGCAAAAUGGAAGAGCUGCCAGGGAAGCAGCAGCAAAAGACGGCAGAGAAAAGGAAGAAGAGGGCAGAGGAAUAUGUGCCCACAGCAGAGAACACGAUAAAAAAGAAGCAAAAACGCCUCGACGAGAAAGAAGCGAACAUCCAGAAAGAGCAGAGGCGCAUACCGGACGCUGCGGAGGUGGCAGCAAAAGUGAAGGAGAGCCAGAGGGAAAAGCAAAAGAAAGAGAAAAGCCAGAAUGCCGACGCUUCCUCCUUACUUCUUUAA